AUAUUUUGCAUUAUUCUAGUAUUUAUUUUAGUUUGUACUCAAAAAAUAACAAAAAAAGUAAAUUAAUUUUGUAAUAGAGUUUGUUUUUUGAAAUUAAUAAUACCUUAAUAAAAAUUAAAAAUGACACCUGAGGAAGAAGAGGAAGUACGUACAUUAUUAAUACGUCAUAAAGAUCGUAUUAUUAAAGAUUUAUCAUCAACUGAUCUAUUGACGGUAUUAGUUAAAAAUUCUGUGAUUACACCAUUAGAAGAAGAAUUAUUAAUGUUAAAAAAUGUUAAUAAAAAUAAAAAAUUAAUUGGUGAUAAAUUGAAAUUAAAUUCAUUAAAUAAAAAUAAAUUAAAAAAUUCAUUAAAUAAUAAAAAUAAUAUUGAACAAAAUCAAAAAUUUUUAUUACAAACGCAACAACAACAACAGAAAUCAUUAACAACAACAUCAGUAACAUCAAUAACAGAUGGAAUUAUAACAACAUCAACUGCAACAACAGCAGCAGCCGCAACAACAACAUCAUCAUCCCAAUCAUCAUCAAUUGGAACAUUAUAUCAACAACAACAAUAUAAUAGUAGUUGUGAUAAUACAACAUCAUCAAAUUCAUCACCAUCUGGUGGUGGUGGUGUUGGUGUUGGUUGUGUUGGUGGAAUAAGUGGUAAUAUUAAUAGUGCUGGCGGUAGUAUUGGUGGUACUAUCGGUAUUAAUAAUUAUAAAAGUGUAAGUAGUGUUAUUGAUGAUAAUAGUGAUUCAAUUAAUAAUAGUAAUAAUAUCGGUUAUAAUAAUAUUAAUAAUAGUAGUAUAUGUAGUAAUAAUAGUAUUGCUGGUAGUAUUGGUAUAAGUGGCAUUAUUAAUUAUAUGGAUGAUGCUGAUAAUAUUAGUAAUACUAAUAAUUCAUCUUUAGCAACAAUUCAUAAUGAUGAUACCACAAUAAUUGAUGAUUGUAUUGCUGAUAUCGAUGAUAAUGAUGAUAAUAAUAUUAAUAAUAAAAUAAUAAAUAAUUGUGAUAUUGAUAAUAAUGGAAAAAAAUUAAUUAAAAUAAAUAAUUUUAAAAAAUAUAAUAAUACAAAAAAAAUUAUAACUGAUCUUGAUGAUGAUGAUAAUGAUCAUGAUGAUGAUGAUGUUAAUGAUGGUAAUGAUAUUGAUAUUAAUAGUGAUGAUCAUAAUAAAUUACAAAAACAUCAACAAAAACGUAAUAAUCAAUCGUUACAACAAAAACAACAGCAGCAACAUCAAAAUAUUAUUAGUGGUGAUGAUGAUAUUGAUACAACAGCUGAUAUUGAUGAUUUAACAAGUUGUAGUGAAAAUUUAAUUAAUUUAGAAAAUCAAUGUGUUAAAUUGAUUGAUAUUAUUGCUAAAAAUGGAUUUCAACGUUUUAAACAAUUUUGUUAUGCUAUCGAAAACGAAUGUCCACAAUUAAUUGAGGAUUUAAUUAAUGAUCGACUUAAAAAUGAAGUAAAUACUACCAACAUUCAUCAAUCAAAUGAAGAAAAAAUUAAAGCAGAUGAGUCUGAGAACUCAGAAAAAGACAAAGAUUCUGAACAUUCAAGACGUUCAACGUCAUAUAGUGGUUCAACAACAACAAAUUCAAUGCCAAUUGCUGCACCACGUCGUAAAUCAUUAAUGAAUGUACCACCACCACCACCGCCAAAUAUAACAAAACAUCAACCAUUAAUACAUACGGUAUCGGCUGGUCCAAUUAUACAAACAUAUCAAACACAACCAAAAAAAAUAUUACAAUCAUCACCAAUAUUAAAUAAAUAUCCGAUCUCUGAUAUAAAUAGUAUAAUAACACAAUCCCAAAAAAAUGAAAACCAAAUUCAAAGCUAUUACCAAAGUCCACAAUCAACAGCAGUAGUUGUUAAUUCAUCCAGUAAUAAUUAUUCAUCAUUGUUAUGUCAUUCAAGUCAAGGGACAUCAAGUCCAGCUGUUGUUAGAAAACGUGAAAAAUUAUUACAUCGUUUUAGUGAUGCUGCUACUCUGGGAAGAAAAUUAAAAAAGAAAAAGAAUAGUCGAACAUGUCAUUCGAUGACUGAAGCCAUUGAACUGUUAGCUGAUCCUGUGAUUGAAGAUGAUUUUUUCGUAAGUUGAUUUAUAUGCAUAUACAUAUGUAGUAUUUUACAACAUUUAUUUACAAAAAAUUUAUGCGGUAUGUAUAAAAGUAAAAUUGAAAAAUUGAAAUUUUAGCAAAAAUUAUUGAUUAAUUUCACCAUUUAAUCACCAUGUAUGAUAUUUUACUACAACAAUACUUAAGUGAAGCAUUAAAUAUUACUAACUGCUGCGUAUCGAACAUUAUAAUAUUAUUUUAAAUUGUUCUCAGUUGAUUGUUGUGGUAUUGUGGCGCUCUCAGUUGAUUUUAUGUACCAAUUACUCAACAGGGAUUAUGAUGUUUGAUUCUUAUAUUCAAAUUUCAAAUUAAUUCAUUCGUAUUGUGGCAUUGAAUGCAGCGAGCUUUAAAUAAUCAGUAAAAUGUGUUAUAUGGGAAUAUAUUGAAAUUUGCUUUGAAAAUUGUUUUGAAUUUAAUUAAAAACUAUUUUUAAUAUUUCACAUCUACAUCUUAUAAAAAAUUUUUUUAUUAAAUAUUAUGCAAACUAUGGUGUUGUUACAAAUUUACAAUUUUUGUUGUGAAUAUUGCCAAGCUUUUAUCUAUACGUUGUAUACAUUUUAUUGUGUAACUGCACUUAAUUA